AUGGGCAACACUCCCUCGUCCAACAAGGCCGACAAGGGCAGUCAGCCCGCCUCGCCCGCCCAUGCCCACCACCAUCAACACCACGACCCUCCCCGACGCGAGCCACGACGCCGCGAAUCCAUCCCGGCCCUGACGUCCAAGACGGCCGCUGCAUCGCCCUCACUCGACACGACCUCGGCCAGUGGGCACGCCAUCCUCCCCUCGGCCUACUCUCCUUCACAACCACGCUCCACCCCUGCCUCUGCCCACCAGCGCAAUCGCUCCAACACGACAAACACUCCCAAGCAGGACUCGCCCUCGGCACCCCGCCGCUACAAGAGCCUCAAGUCGCCCAGUCCUCCGACAGAGCCUCGUCUGUCGCCUGCCUCGCAGCCUGUCGACGUUCCCACAUCACAACGACCUCCUCGCUCUGCCUCUCCUGCUACUGAAGCUGCCUAUCACCUCCCGCCAGCCAGCUUUUCGCGCCCUCCCCGCUUGCCCCUCCCAAUUGAGCAGGAAGACCACACUCCUGGUUCUCCCAUCACCUCAGCCGUCUUACCCGAUGACGAUCCCGAACAAGUCGACCUUCCUAGGCGAUCGAGUGUUGUGAGCAGUACUGUCGACGAUGACGACGAGGAGCCAGAUGGCUUCGAGGGUUAUGAAACGGCCGCUGGUGGUCCGAAGGUGCCCACCCUCAUAGAAUGGCGCAAUGCCCAACCCGGCGAUCGUGUCUAUGUAACAGGCACUUUCACAAACUGGGAACGCAAAUUUCGUCUGCACAAGGAUGGUCCUAGCAAACAUAAGAAUGCAUUGUCGGCCACCCUGCAACUACCACCCGGCACUCAUCACAUCAAGUUUAUUGCCAAUGGCGACAUGAUGACCUCGAACGAUCUGCCCACCACUGUCGACUACACCAACAUUCUGGUCAACUACAUUGAGGUGUCGCUAGACCAGCUACCAGCGCAACCUGGCAAGCCUGUACUUCCUGGUCCACCUCCGGUCAAGCCGCAAGAGCCUUCGCGACCCAUGGACAUCCGACCAAAGCCAGCCGCUCAGGCAGACAAGGACUUGACAUCCAAACAACCACAGAACACUCCUCCAAAGUCAAACGAGCCCAAGCCUCGCCAACAACCACAAUUGGUCCGUCAACAGAGCAGAGAAUGGACACAAACGAUACCAGCAUAUCUCACAGAUCUUGAUUCCUGGUAUCCGCCACCUUCAGCAAAAGAAGAAGGUCAAUCACCGUCUAGUUCUGCCGCGAGGUAUAGGUUUGAGCGUGCAAAUGCAGCUGCCGAAUCUCAGCCAGCGCCUCCUUCACUUCCAAUGUUCCUUAGCAAAAGCAUUUUGAAUGGUACUACACCAACAAAAGACGACAGCAGUGUGUUGAUCAUGCCAAAUCAUACGGUAUUGAACCAUCUAGCGACAACCAACAUCAAGCAAGGCGUGCUGGCCACGAGUGCGACCACCAGGUACAAGAGAAAGUUCUUGACCACCAUCAUGUACAAACCGCGUAGCGACGGUGAAGAAUAA